GACGGAUCUACUCACAUGCUGAUGAUUUAUUGGCGCAAAUAGUUACACAUUAACAUCAUUUUUUUCUCAUUUCUCCCAGUCUUUGGACAGCUAUCUAUGCUGUCGACCUGCUGAACCCGACGACAGAUUAUUGUACAAUCGUAUACCCACGCUGUGUGUCAUAUAACACUCACCUGGUAAUACUGGCCAGUGACCACAACCGCAAACAAAACUCGCUACUAGAGAGAGUUGCGCACUCUCCAACUUCCGUGUUACACACCUGCGAGUGUGACAGAGGCAGGGCUUUAAAACUAGAUACACCUGCGCCACUGGUAUUUUACAGUAUACAUCAGCGAAACUAGCCAGGCACCCGUUGUUUUAUAUUCUUUUUUUUUUUUUGAAGAACCAACAUAUCCGUCGGUGCCAUGAGUGCCGAAUAUAGACUUUGCGAACUUCAAACGGUGUCCUUGCAUGUCAGUGACCUGGAAUCUGACCCUCGACUGGACGACCCUCCGAAACAGGAAGAUCAGAUAAAUGUAUCUGAAACUGGUGGGUUGUUUUCAUACAGCAAUGGCACAGUAAACAAAGAAUCGUCGACAGAACCCGUGGAGAGUGAUGUCAGCGAUGCAGAUUCUCUACCGGCUUCUGGAGAACUGAAACUGUGUUCAGCGCAUGGAAGCGCACUAGAGUUAUAUUGUAGUACAGAAGGGAAACUGGCCUGCUCGAAAUGUGUUUCGGAUGGAUUUUGUCAGGGUCACACCGUGACAAAACUGGUUACACGGGCAACUGUAGUAAGGAAUCAACUGGUGGAUGUCUGUGAAAAGAUGCAACUGCAAACUCUGCGGAUCGAACGAUUUAUUGAUCGUACGCUUACAGCCCGAGAGAAAGCUGUACAGGUAGAUGCAAACAGCGUGAGAGAGCAUGUGCUGUCUCAGGUAAAUGCCAUACGCGAGGCUCUUGAGGAGGAGGAGCAGCGUCUCUUGGAGGCCAUACAGCGAGAAGAAGAGCGCGUGGAGCAGUGUCUCCUCACUCAGAGGGCACACUGGACACAGACUCUUGAGAAACUCGCACACACACGCACCAGUCUGGUGAACAAACUCACACACUCCACAGAUGCCAUGCUUGUGAGCGCUAACCAGGAAAUAUAUGAGAGGGUUGAGGAUGCAGAAGGUGUUGGUGAACCCCGAGACACUGAGCAACUGAGUCUGAAUAGAGAAUGUAGCACCAGUAAACUCAUGCUGGGUUUAUGGGCCAGUGCCAUACUGCUUGGACCGUCAGGUCCCAGGUCAACAAAGCUACAGUUCGAAACGAAAACUGUCAGCCCACUUCUCUCCCUCUCUGACGAUUGUUGCACUUUAACUUUCCUGCCCAAACGCACGCGUCAGUCACCCCCCUAUGACCCAGCGCGCUUCGACAGCUGGCCCAAUGCCCUUUGCUCCCCUCCCAUGUCCUCUGGCACCCACAGCUGGGUACUCGACAUGGGCAAAAGUGCCGCCUUUAAAGUGGGCGUUUGCUAUGCUAGCAUGGACCGCAAGGGGUCCGGAAAUUCUGCCCGGUUGGGCUACAACACAAAAUCAUGGGUGCUUUCACAUUAUGAUGGAGACCUAUCCUUCUGCCACGAUGGAUGUAAUGUGGGCAUAUCAGUGGUUAAGAAACUCAAGAGAGUGGGUCUGCUGCUAGACUGGCCCAGUCAGACCCUGCUCUUCUAUGAUCCUGAAUCUAUGUCUGUGCUACAUGUAGUCAAACAUGCUUUCAGCGAGCCUCUGCUGGCCGCAUGUGCUGUGGCGGAUCAGAGUGUCUCUCUUGUCAACCUGAAAACACUAGAAUGGACGGAAUGAAUGUUUUUGAAAUGCAAAUUAUAAUUUAAAAAAGGUUUCACAUCUUCUGUGCCAUUGAAGACCGGUAUAUCACAUAUGAAAGGUGUGAUAAUAACAAUCAUAUUGUUUAGUUUGAGAGAAGCAAAUUUGGCUUAAAUGUACACAUUUAAGACCGACUGACUGUUUUUAUACUUUUUAAGUUAUUGGAACAAUUUAAAUACAUUUUCUGUCUUUUUCAGAGCUAUUGAUGUACAGUAUAUGUUUAAAUUAGUGCAGUGUUGACUGUGGUAUUUAUUACUUUUAUUUUAAAUAGUUUAAUGUAUAUGACAACACCACAUAUUUUGAUAUUUUUAGACUAUUAAAAAGGCUUAAAAGGCUGGCAUAUAUUUUUUAAUUUCAAUGUAAUAUUUACAUUGUCCAAUGUGGAAAAACUAUGACCUUAAGGUAAAAAGUGUUUCCCAAGCACAAAUGUUGGACUGAAAAUGCUGGCCAGUUUCAGGGUAUGAUCACCUCUCUAUUUUCUAAAACAACACUUAAUUAAAUUUUAAUCUCAUUAACGAUGUAAAUCUAAAUACAGAAACAAAUAUAUGAACACAAAACCAUUCUUAUAUUUAUGUUCACUAUUUGUAAACAUCUGCCAGGUGCAAGUUAACAUGAAUAAGGUUUUGACUUGAACGUAACAUAAUCGUAGUAGUUUUUGUUAUUGAUUUAAAAUGUUGUCAUGGUUUCAUUACAGGCUUUAAUAAAAAAACACAAUAAAG